AUGAUGAAGGAAGUUCAAACUCUUAACCAGGGGUAUGAUUCUGCACAUCAGAAGAUUGACAUCAUUUGUGAUGCAGUUGUUCAGUGUGUCAAGAGGUUUGAACCGCUCAAAUCACAGAUGACUUCUCUGUCAGCAACUGAAGUUCAACAUUUCGGAGAGUUAUUGAAUCUAAUGAAGGAACUCAAAGAUAUCUCCUCGAAAUCCUCUUCUUCGAUUAUCUCUCAAGAGUAUCUAUCUCAGAAAUUUCUUCAUUUCGAAGCCAUUCUUCAAAAGUAUCUUACUCCGCUACUUCGAAUCUCAAGCCUAUUGCCAAGUGUAUGCCCCACCUGCUAUCACAGGGGUGCAAGGGGGAGAAAAGAUUGUUCAAGCAAAGGCUGGGGAGCAUGA